UUCUGCUCUGUUUUUCUCAAAAAAAAAAUGAUGGAUUUGGUGAAUUCAGUGCUUAAUUUUGUGGUGCCACCAGCAAGUUUGGUUAUGUUGGCUUUUUCAUGGCCUGCUUUGUAUUUCAUCAACACUUGUGAGAGGAUGUACAACUCUUUCUUUGGUGAAGACAUGGAGGACAAAAUCGUCAUCAUCACUGGAGCUUCUUCUGGUAUUGGAGAGCAAAUUGCAUAUGAAUAUGCAAAGAAGAAAGCUCAUCUGGUUCUGGUUGCACGAAGAGAAACCAGACUCUGGGGAAUUAGCGAGAACGCGAGGGCAUUAGGUGCAAAAAGUGUUGUCAUAACAGCUGCAGAUGUUGUCAAGGAAGCUGAUUGUAGGAGAUUCAUUACUGAGACCGUAAACUUAUACGGGCGUGUGGAUCAUCUUGUAAAUACAGCAAGUUUGGGUCAUACCUUCUACCUAGAAGAAGCCACAGAUACAAAUGUCUUCCCCAUUUUGAUGGAUAUCAAUUUUUGGGGAAAUGUGUAUCCUACCUAUGUUGCACUACCUUACCUGCGACAAAGCAGAGGCCGAGUCAUAGUCAAUGCUUCAGUAGAGAGUUGGUUGCCCUUGCCAAGGAUGAGCUUAUAUGCAGCAGCGAAAGCAGCACUUGUAAAUUUUUAUGAGACCUUGAGAUUCGAGGUGGACGGUGACGUAGGGGUCACAAUAGCGACACACGGAUGGAUUGGGACUGAAAUGACAGGUGGAAGAUUCAUGCUAGAGGAAGGUGCUGAGAUGCAGUGGAAGGAAGAAAGAGAAGUUCAUGCAUCUGGAAGUUCAGUGGAGGACUUUGCAAAGUUGAUUGUAUCAGGGGCAUGCCGAGGAGAUCCAUACGUGAAAUAUCCGAGUUGGUACGACAUUUUCCUUCUCUAUAGAGUAUUCACACCAAAUGUUCUCCAAUGGACGUUUCGGCUGUUACUUUCAAACCAAAGUGUCAGGAAAACUUCCCUCAUUGGCACCGGAAGGCCUCUUCUCGAGUCAUCCUCUCCUCGGAUGCAGCCUAUUCCUGAGACAUCCUCUCCUCCACGACAGCCUUCCUCAGAGUCGUCAUCUCCUCGAAGACAGCCUCUUUCUGGUUCAUCCUCUCCUCAGCAUCCAUCCGCUUCUCCUCGGAGACGUAUGGGGCCUGUUCCGGUUCAGCAGGACUGAAGGUAGUAGGUCAAGUUAUCACUUUAAUUUGACGUGGUUGUGUUUUUUCUUUAGUCAAGAUUUUGUGGAUAUCAUUGUAAGAGUUCACAAGAUGCAACAAACAUUCGGCUCAAUAAAAAGUUGUACUUGGCUUGUUUAAGAAUGCUUGGGUUUGGUUUUUCGAUGGGAAAAUAUUUGGGAAGUUCAUUUCUCUGUUCUUUAAAAGCCAAAGAGUUCAAUCACGUUCAUGAGUGAUUCUGAUUUCAAUGUAUAUACACAGGUAAUUAUUUCAGUCACAUAAUCUUUCAAUGAAAAGCAAUGAUUGUAGGCUGUA